AUGGCAGAACGGACAAUCAACGAGAUGUUUGCGACCUACGAAGGUGCGGUUCGAGGAAUUAAUGGUAUCAAGUUACAACUUAUGGGAGGCAGACCACUCCACGAACCAAGACCCCAGCUCAUCACCUACCUCCCCAACGACGUAAAUAGAUAUUGGGAGAUUGUCGAAGACAUAGAAGAACAUUUAGGUCGCUACAAAUUCAAUAACACUUCUCAACACAUGGACUUCGUCAAGGCCAUGAGAUGGUAUUACGAAGGUGGCAAAGAGGGCUUUCAGCUCAAAGCGAAAGAUAUCUACAAUGCCAUUGCUAUCUACGUCCCAGGAACUCGCGAGGAAAUAUCUCGGAUUAAAAAUGACGCGAGGAUGACCUUCGUGGUUCUCACGAAGAGAAAGCGGAUGAUUGAGGGCAUAGAACUGUGGUAUGAGAGUCAAAAUUAUCGACAACAGCUCAACCCAAAUCCUCAAGACGGUAGCAAGUCUCAACUAGAGUUACACGAGGAAAAAAUGAGGGCUCGUGAUGCUAAGGAUCUCGGCAUUCUGUAUCUUACCUUAUUGCAUGGUUUGAACGCUCUCAUUCACUCCAUGAUCUCCAUAAAAGAUCCAUACAAAUCUGCAUGGAACUUAAAAGCACUCAAUAUCAGAGGGCAGCUCAAGGAUCUUCACAUAACCCUAUCUGAAAAGUUAACGGAUUUGCAUAAAAUAUGCGAAAGAUGCGGAAUUGAGGAAGAAGGAUCAGAUGAGUUGAAGGAGUUCAAGCAAAUGAUAAGUAGAACAUUCAUCAAGGUGCUCAUACACAUUGAUUACUUUCUUAUAGAAAUCUCCGGCCCUUCAAUGUAUAGAGACACCAUUACAAAUUAUAUUCGGGAAAGAAAGUCGUUGAACUAUGUGUCUGAGAUGAAGUACUUGUAUGCAGAAGAAUCGGAAAGUUAUUACAGUGCGUGGGAACCACAAUUCUCUCGGCGCAUGAAUGCUAUAACAAAUGGCAUCAGAAUCGUAACUGCCGUUCUCUACAACGGAAAAUCGUUGCUUGGUAUAUCCUAG